AUGGGUGAUGAGGAAGUUCAAGCAUUAGUUGUAGAUAACGGAUCAGGUAAUGUAAAGGCUGGUGUUGCAGGUGAUGAUGCUCCCCGCUCAGUUUUUCCAAGUAUAGUUGGUAGACCCAAGAACCCAGGAAUUAUGGUGGGAAUGGAAGAGAAAGAUGCAUUUGUUGGUGAUGAAGCACAAACAAAAAGAGGAAUUUUAACCUUAAAAUAUCCAAUAGAACAUGGUAUAGUAACAAAUUGGGAUGAUAUGGAAAAAAUAUGGCAUCAUACCUUUUACAAUGAAUUAAGAGCUGCACCAGAAGAGCAUCCAGUGUUAUUAACAGAAGCUCCCUUAAACCCAAAGGGAAAUCGUGAAAGAAUGACUCAAAUUAUGUUUGAAUCAUUUAACGUUCCAGCUAUGUAUGUGGCAAUUCAAGCAGUGUUAUCCUUGUAUUCAUCUGGUCGUACUACUGGUAUUGUUUUGGAUAGUGGUGAUGGAGUUUCUCACACAGUUCCAAUUUAUGAAGGAUAUGCAUUACCACAUGCAAUCAUGAGGUUAGAUUUAGCUGGAAGAGAUUUAACAGAAUAUUUGAUGAAAAUUCUUCACGAAAGAGGAUAUGGAUUUUCAACAUCCGCAGAAAAAGAAAUUGUUAGAGAUAUUAAAGAGAAAUUAUGUUACAUUGCAUUAAACUUUGAUGAAGAAAUGAAAACAUCAGAACAAAGUAGUGACAUAGAAAAAUCUUAUGAAUUACCAGAUGGAAAUAUAAUUACUGUAGGAAAUGAAAGAUUUAGAUGCCCAGAAGCUCUAUUCCAACCAUCUUUCUUAGGAAAAGAAGCUUCCGGAAUCCACACAACAACAUUUAAUUCUAUUAAAAAAUGUGAUGUAGAUAUUCGAAAGGAUCUUUAUGGAAAUAUUGUAUUAUCAGGUGGAACAACCAUGUAUGAAGGUAUUGGGGAGAGAUUAACCAGAGAUAUCACAACCCUUGCUCCUUCAACAAUGAAGAUUAAAGUUGUAGCUCCCCCAGAGAGAAAAUAUUCUGUAUGGAUUGGAGGAUCUAUAUUAUCAUCUCUUUCUACUUUUCAACAAAUGUGGAUUACGAAGGAGGAGUAUGAUGAAUCAGGACCCAGCAUCGUCCACAGAAAGUGCUUCUAA